UCAGUAUCACCUCAAUUCUCCCUCCCCUCUCUCUCUCACUGCUCUUUUUCCUCUACUCUUGUCAGUCCGGUCGACUCCCAUCAAUAGAUGGCGAUCUCGCUUAUUCCCCUCCGCCGCCAUUCUCACGCAUACACCAUUGCCCUCUCGCAACCUAUUCGCAGACACAGUAGGAAUUGAAUUGAGAAUCCCAUUGACCUACGUUCUGUUCUUGAUAUCUUCUUCAUCAACGUCAACAUCAUCAUGGCAAUCGAGGUCCUCCCUCUUACUAAAGCGGAUAUCCCCGCGGCCGUAGAAUGCAUCCAGAAAGCAUUUGCCGAUGAUCCAUUCUUCCGCUGGGUAUUCAACAAGAGAUCUGGGUUCAAUCUCCACCGCAAUGCCGCCUCAAUGGCCGCCCAUUUCCAAUACGGACUCUCCUGCCAAGCGCCCAUCUACAUCGCCAAAGCGACCUCCCCGACGAGUGCCACCGACGACGACAAGGCCGCCUUGCUCUCGAGCGACGACCACAACGACAACAACGGUAACGGAAACGCCAUCGCCGGCGUGUGCUGGUGGUUCCCGCCGCAACCGGCGGACGAGCCCGUGACGUGGACGGUGUGGGCGCAGGACUGGCUCCUCUCCUUCCGCCAGCUGCUGUUCAACAUCCGCUUCGGCGGGCGCGGCGGGCUCAACGUUCGGCGGUACUGGCAGUGGAAGCAGCGGCAGGAGCGCACCCACGCCCGCAUCUGGACCGACCCCCGCGGCUACUACUUCUGCAACGUGCUGGCCGUCAACUCGGCGAUGCGCGGCAUGGGCGUCGGCCGCAAGCUGGUCGAGGCAGUCACCCAGAAGGCUGAUCUCGAGGGCAUGCCCUGCUACCUGGAGAGUUCCAAGGGGUUCCCCAACCUGGUCAUCUAUGAGAAGUUGGGCUUCGAGUUGGUAGAGGAGAUUGAUUGUCUUGAUGGGAAGGAUGCUUGCAAGCUGUAUUGUAUGAUCCGUCAGCCGAAGAAGGCGGAUUAAGUGUCUGCAAGGGUUGACCUUACCAUGCGGGGAUUGUUUUCUUGGUUCACAAUCGUCUUGAUGUUGUUGCUAGCUAGCAUUACAUAUGAGCAUCAAACCUUAGUUACAGCGUCUACCUUCACAAAUCAAACACUGUCAUCACCC